CUUCUUGGCUUCAUCGAGAGAGUGAAAAUUAUGGAUUAUGAAGUGACCGUACACACUGGCGAUCUCUUUGGCGCCACUACUUUCAACGAUGUCUACAUUAAUCUGGUGGGAACGGAUGGAAGGAGCAAACGCAGUUUGCUCAAGAGUGCUAUAUCCUUCUUCAGAGGAACAGUGCAUCAUUUUACCGUGUCCUGCCCAAAAUCCCUGGGAAAGCUGGUCCUGAUAGAGCUACAAAAAGAGCGUCAAUCAGUGUUCCCUCAAGACUCCUGGUUCCCUGCCAAGGUGGAAGUGAAAUCCCCUGAGGGAAAGACUUACCACAUUCCCAUCUACCGCUGGAUCACUGACAGUAAGGUGCACCGCUUCAGAGAAGGAACAGCUCUGACAGACUUGGAAGACAUCAGUCCGCUUGGCAAGAGCAGUCGGCAGCAGGAGCUGGAUCAGCGAGACCAACAAUAUUGCUGGGAUGUGUAUGUAGAGGGGCUACCUCACUGCAUAAAGGCAAAAGACCCCUCUUCUCUGCCCUUGGAGGUCCAGUUCUCCUUCACCAAAAAUGCAGAGUUCAUCUACAAUGGAGCCACAGGGCUGAGUAAGCUGCAACUUAAGGUGCUGGUCGAUUGCAUUGACAACUGGAAUAGUAUUCAAGACAUCCAUCGGGUGUUCUGCUUAAAACAGACCGACAUAUCAGUCUAUGUCAAGGAACACUGGAAGGAGGAUGCUUUUUUUGGCUACCAGUUUCUGAAUGGCGUCAACCCUAUGAUGAUCAAACGUUGUACAACUCUGCCCGAUAACUUUCCUGUCACUGAUGGCAUGGUCUUUCUCAGUGGUCAGGGUAAACUGGAAGAUGAAAUGAAGAGAGGCAACAUCUUCCUGUGUGACUACAAGUGUUUGGAAGGAGUAAAAGCAAACAUCGUGAAUGGGAAGCCGCAGUACUUGAUGGCUCCGCUGGUCCUUUUACACAAGACGCCUGAUGAUAAGAUGAUGCCAAUCGCUAUUCAGCUGAAGCAGACUCCAGCAGUGGACAAUCCCAUCUUUACUCCUGCUGAUUCUGAGUGCGACUGGUUGAUGGCCAAGAUUUUUGUGAGAAGUGCAGAUUUCGCCGAGCAUCAGCUCAACACUCACCUGCUGCGCACUCAUCUGCUGGCUGAGGUUUUUGCCGUGUCACUGCUGCGCAACGUGCCCAUGGUGCACCCACUGUACAAGCUCCUCAUUCCUCACACUCGCUACACUCUUCAGAUAAAUAUCAUAGCUCGACUUAAUCUAAUAUCUGAGCAAGGACUUUUAACACAGCUCGCUCUGUAUACCAGACGACAUUGCUGAGCGUGGGCUGGAGGCUGUGCCAAACUUCUACUACAGGGAUGAUGGACUCCAG